AUGGAUGCAACCCAAGGGCAGUCUGCACUUGUGGAGGCCGCUAAGAUGCAGCCUACAACAUCGCUGCCACAGUCACUGAAUGCAUCCUUUUUAACCAAUAUAAUGGGCGACAAUCCAUACUUCCAGGCGGGGUUCGGUCUGAUGGGUUUAGGCGUAGGCCUGACUGCUCUAAGGCAAGGGGCCAUGCUCGCCUCAACUGUGUUACGCCGUCGCAUGCUUGUGGAACUGGAAAUAAACAAUAAAGACCGGUCAUAUGAGUGGUUCCUCGCAUGGAUGGCUCAUCAAGCGCAGCACGCUUCGGCAUCCUCAAGCAAGCUCCCAUGGAAAAACAGGUGGUGGCUGGCAAGCCACCAGUUGAGCGUCGAAACGAUGUACGAACAACGGAAGAACGGAAGUUCCUCGGUGCUGUUCAAGUUGGUCGCAGGUCCCGGGACGCAUUGGUUCAAAUACCGAGGGGCUUGGAUGCAGGUAAAACGUGAACGCGAAACGCGGGCUAUGCAAAUGAUGUCGGGCGUCCCUUGGGAGACCAUCACUCUGACCACCCUGUCUCGAGACCGCUUGCUCUUUCCGCGACUCCUCUCCGAUGCGAGGGAUCUGGCAAUGAAGGGGCAAGAGGGCAAGCUCGUCAUACAUACAGCCUGGGGUAUCGAAUGGAGGCCGUUUGGCCAGCCGAGGCGCAAACGACCACUACACAGCGUCGUACUAGACGAAGGGGUCGCCGAUACGAUACACCGAGACUUGACUUCGUUCUUGGAAAGACGGCAGUGGUACGCAGACCGAGGUAUACCAUAUCGACGGGGGUACCUGCUGUAUGGCCCACCUGGAUCAGGGAAGACGUCGUUUAUUCAGGCGCUUGCAGGCACGUUGGCGUAUGACAUAUGCUUGCUCAAUCUGUCCGAACGCGGCCUCACGGACGACAAGCUGAACCAUCUCCUUUCGAACGUUCCCGAUCGGAGCUUCGUCUUAAUCGAGGAUGUAGACGCUGCCUUCAAUAAGCGGGUGAAGACGGGAGAAGAUGGCUACCAAUCAGCAGUCACUUUCUCUGGCUUUCUCAACGUCUUAGAUGGCGUUGCAUCAGGCGAAGAGCGCAUCAUAUUUAUGACGACGAACCAUAUCGAAAAACUAGACCCUGCUCUCAUUCGUCCAGGGCGCGUCGACCUCGCGGUCCUCAUAGACGACGCGAGCCCUGCACAAGCAAGGAACCUAUUCACGCAGUUUUAUGGGGGUGAUGAUGCCCGGCAAGCUGCGGGCGUCCCAGACGAUGAGCUGAAGGGUCUUGGGGAUAUGCUGGAGCAUAAAGUAGCUGCAGAGGCGAAAACGGGAAGACGGGUCAGUAUGGCUGCCUUGCAAGGCCUGUUCAUACGUGCCGGCCCGAAGGAGGCUAUCGAUCGGUGCACGGAGCUUUUCGUGACAAGACGAACACCCACCUCGUCAGACGAGGAAGUUUUGGAUGCUCUCGCUGUCGAGUAG